AUGUGGUCUCUUGUUGUCUCCGUUUUGCUUUUUGCUGUGCUUUUUAUUUGGAUGGACGACCUUUCGACGAUGCUCUCCUUGCUUGGGACACUGCUCAUAUCAGCGCUUCUCGCGUGGCUUGCGAGCAGGUAUCUCUUUGACCGUCGCCCCCGGCCGGCAAUGCCGGCGCCGCGUGCCACACCGCGGCCAACGGCUUCAGGCGACAAAAAGGAAGUGAGCGUUCUCUUCGGAACUCAAACUGGCACGGCAGAGAUGUUUGCAAAGACACUUGUGCGGGAGGGUACACGAAUGGGGGUUCCCAUGAAACUUAUCGACGUGGAGAACUAUGAGCGGCACAAUCUCGAGUAUGAAAGCCUUGUGUUAAUUAUCUGCGCCACGUAUGGCGAAGGCGAACCCACGGAUUCGAUGAAGGAAUUCCACGACUGGCUUAUGGACGACGCGCACGCCCCAGGCGAGGAGCUUCGGAACGUCAAUUACGCCGUGUUCGGCUUGGGCGAUCGUCAGUAUCGUUACUUCUGCGAGGAGGGCAUUGCGGUUGAUCGUCGCAUGGCAGAGUUGGGGGCGCAGCGCAUCUAUGGCCUUGGCUGCGGCGACGCCGGGCAGAAUAUUGAGGAAGAUUUUGACGCGUGGCGUCGCGACUUGUGGCCGGCGGUGGGUCGCACGCUUGGAGUCGAGUUGCGCCAACACUCGGAGGAGCCGGUGGAGCCGGAGUGCCGCAUGAAGCUGUGGGAUGCGUCGGAGGAGGGGUCCCUCCCAUUCCCGAAACUUGCGUCUGUGCUGGAGCCAACCCAGCGACUGCCGGCGUGGGUGCCGGUGGUGGCAAACAUCGAGCUGCUGCGCAACACCACCGAACGCAGCACACGAUACAUUGAGUUGGAUAUUGAGGGCACCAUCAUCUCGUAUCAGAGCGGCGACCACCUCGGCAUUCUUCCACACAACACCGAUGCGACGGUGGAUGCCUAUCUGCAGAUACUUGGUAUCGGCAAGGAGGAAGCCUCGCAGGUGUUUUCCUUGCAGGACAAGAAGACGGGCAAAAAUGUCUUUCCCGCUCGUGUCACAGUUCGAACGGCCCUCAAGUGGUACAUUGACCUCAACGGACACCCAAAGAAAUCCACAUUGCGUGCUUUUGCCCACUACGCGAAGGAUCCAGCCGAAAAGGAGGCAUUGCUGAAGCUGUUACGCCUGGAACCGGAGUCGAUGCAUGAAUUCGCCAAACUUUCAGCCAAGCUGUGGAACAUUCACGGGUUCCUGCGGAAGUUCUACUCCAUAUCGGUGCCACUUGGGGUUUUCCUUGAAAUGAUGCCGCGGAUUGCACCUCGUUACUUUUCGAUAUCUUCCGACCUCCUCUCCCAUCCUCACUCAGUUGCUAUCACGGCGGCGAUUGUGCAGGGCGGGCUUUGCACUGGAAUGCUGCGGGAAACGCCAUUUGGGGAGAAGAUUCCUGUUUUUGUGCGCAAAUCCAAGUUUCAUCUUCCGCUGCGAGCCAAGGAACGGCCUAUUGUAAUGAUAGGCCCCGGAACAGGCGUGGCCCCGCUUAUUGGGUUUCUUCAUCGCCGCAUUGCCUGGAAGAAGAAGGGCAACGAGCUUGGCAAGGCGAUGCUCUUUUUUGGAUGCAGGCGGAAGGAUGAGGAUCACAUCUACAGUGACUUUAUGGCGGAGUGCUUGGCAAACGGGACGCUGUCGGUGUGCGAUGUCGCCUACAGCCGCGAGCAGGCGGCCAAGGUCUAUGUGCAGCACCGUGUGAGGGCCCGUGAAGAUGAAAUUUGGGAAAUUCUACGCGAUGGUGGAAAUCUUUACCUCUGCGGGGACGCAAAGCACAUGGCCAAAGAUGUGGAGGAGGCGCUGGUCGAGAUCUUGCAGAAGAAGGCACCUAUGAGCGAGGAGGCGGCAAAGGCGUACUUGGUGAAACUUCAUGAGAGUGGGCGCUACCUGAAGGACGUUUGGUCUGCGUCGUAG